GCAACAUGUGGUCCUCCGUAUUGCGUCUGGCCGUCGUUGUCGCCCUCGUGUUCUUCGUGCACGGUGCACCGAAAGAGAACCUCUACGAGUCCUCUGGAUUUAGGGGGCGUUACAGAAAUACGAUGGAUGAUCUCGGCGGAGACGUUUUAAAACGAAGCUUCUUGAACCUGUUUCGCAGGAGAAACACCAUGGACGAUAUUGGUGGUGAUAUUCUGAAAAGAAACACCAUGGAUGACAUUGGCGGUGACAUUUUGAAAAGAAGUAUGGAUGACAUUGGUGGAGAUGUGUUGAGAAGUCUGUACAGAGCUCCAACUAUGGACGAUAUCGGUGGUGAUGUCUUGAAACGAAGCAUGGACGAUAUUGGCGGUGAUGUUUUGAAACGAAGCAUGGACGACAUUGGUGGUGACAUCUUGAAAAGAAGUAUGGAUGACAUUGGGGGAGAUGUGUUGAGAAGUUUGUAUAGAGCUCCAACUAUGGACGAUAUCGGUGGUGAUGUCUUGAAACGUAGCAUGGACGAUAUUGGCGGUGAUGUUUUGAAACGAAGCAUGGACGACAUUGGCGGUGACAUCUUGAAAAGAAGUAUGGAUGACAUUGGUGGAGAUGUGUUGAGGAGCCUUCUGAGAGGACCAACUAUGGAUGAUAUCGGAGGCGAUAUUUUGAAACGAAGCAUGGAUGACAUUGGCGGAGAUGUUUUGAAAAGGAGCAUGGAUGAUAUUGGAGGAGACGUGUUGAGAAGCCUUCUUAGAGGUCCAACUAUGGAUGACAUUGGUGGUGAUAUCUUAAAACGAAGCAUGGACGACAUUGGUGGUGAUAUUUUGAAAAGAAAUGCUAUUGGAAAAAUAUUUAAGAGUUACAUCAAACAUAGAGAUCACGCUAAAGGAAAAUAAUUGGUUUAGACAAAGGAAUCUCUGACUAAUAACGACAUCAUUGUAACUUGUAAAUAAAUAAU